AUGGAGGGUAACAAUGUAAUUGGAUCCACAGCUCAUUCAGCUUCAGUUCCAGCAAGCUCACCAUGCGGAGUUGGAACACUGGGUUGGCAUUUGGCUCGGCGUCUAGUACAAAUAGGGGUAAACGACAUGUUUUCAGUUCCUGGUGACUUCAACUUGACUUUAUUGGAUCAUUUAAUAGCUGAGCGGGAGCUGAAUUUGAUUGGUUGUUGUAACGAGCUGAAUGCUGGGUAUGUAGCUAAUGGGUACACACGUGCGAAAGGGGUUGGAGCGUGUGUGGUGACAUUUCCUGUAGGGGGAUUAAGUGUGCUUAAUGCUAUUACUGGUGCAUACAGUGAGAAUUUGCCUGUUAUUUGUCUUGUUGGUGGUCCUAAUACCAAUGAUUAUGGGACUAAUAUAAUUUUGCAUCAUACUAUUGGCUUGCCUGAUUUUAGUCAGGAACAUAGGUGUUUUCAAACUAUUACGGGUUAA